GUUUCUUGCAGAAUCAAGAGGAGAACUUUUACCUGAUCCCCGGUUUGAUGCCAUCAACGUUGUAGCUCUUUUUUCAAAUGAUAAUGACACUAUUGUAGAUAUUAUUGUCCUUUUGCAUUGUAAACUAGAACCUUGUCAGAGAAAUUUUGGGGGCCUAUCAGGCUGCAAGGUGUUGGUCUUCACAGAUGAAAAGUACUUGCUAAAAAAAUUUAUUAAGAUUGUGUCUUCAUAUGAUCCAGAUAUUCUGAUGGGUUGGGAUAUUCAAGGCGGUUCUCUUGGUUUUUUAGCAGAAAGGGCUUCGCAUCUUGGUUUAGGAUUACUUAAUAGUUUAUCUCGCACUCCAUCUGACUCUCGGACUACUUCUGAUGGUACUGAAACGUCUGAAAAAGAUAUGUCAGAAACUGCCAUUCCGGGUACAUCUAGUGCAGAUGAUGUACAAGAAAGUUCAAUAAUUGAAGAUGAAUGGGGACGAACACAUGCCAGUGGAGUUCAUGUUGGUGGCAGAAUCGUGCUUAAUGUGUGGCGACUUAUCCGUGGAGAAGUUAAGCUCAAUUUAUACUCAGUUGAUGCUGUGGCUGAAGCUGUAUUGAGGAGGAAAGUUCCUUCAAUUCACAACAAGGUUCUGACCAAAUGGUUUUCUGGUGGUCCUGGACGAGCAAGAUAUCAGUGUGUCAAAUAUGUUACUAAGAGAGCAAAGCUGAAUCUUGAGAUAUUAAGCCAACUUGAUAUGGUAAAUCGAACAUCAGAACUUGCUCGUAUUUUUGGUAUAGAUUUUUUUUCUGUUCUCUCCAGAGGUUCACAAUAUCGUGUUGAAUCAAUGUUUCUGAGGUUGGCACAUACGCAUAACUAUCUUGCCAUCUCUCCUGGAAAUCAACAGGUUGCUUCUCAACCUGCCAUGGAGUGCCUGCCCCUUGUGAUGGAACCAGACUCAGGAUUUUAUUCAGACCCGGUUGUUGUAUUUGACUUUCAAUCAUUAUAUCCAUCCAUGAUAAUUGCGUACAAUCUUUGCUUUUGUACGUGCCUUGGCAAAGUUGUGCCAUCAAAAGCAAACACGCUUGGGGUUAGUUCAUUUUCACCCAGGCAGCAUGUUCUGCAGGAUUUAAAAGAUCAGAUCUUGCUUACUCCAAAUGGUGUUAUGUUUGUUCCUUCCAAGGUUCGUCGAGGUAUACUACCACGCUUGUUGGAAGAAAUUCUAUCAACUAGGAUAAUGGUGAAACAAGCAAUGAAAAUUUUGGCUCCUUCACAGCAAGUCCUUCAGCGGAUAUUUAAUGCAAGACAGCUUGCUUUGAAGCUUAUAUCAAAUGUGACUUAUGGCUACACUGCUGCUGGAUUUAGUGGUCGUAUGCCUUGCGCAGAGCUUGCAGACAGUAUAGUUCAAUGCGGCCGUUGCACAUUGGAAAGGGCCAUAUCAUUUGUAAAUCAACACGAUAAGUGGAAUGCAAAAGUCAUUUAUGGAGAUACUGAUAGCAUGUUUGUUCUCCUCAAAGGACGCAAUAUUAAAGAAUGUUUCCAAAUUGGGAGUGAGAUUGCUUCUGCUGUCACUGCUAUGAAUCCUAGUCCUGUCACCCUGAAGUUGGAGAAAGUUUAUCAGCCUUGUUUCCUCCUUACUAAAAAGCGGUAUGUUGGUUACAGUUAUGAAAGCCCUGAUCAAGUUGAGCCAGUUUUUGAUGCUAAAGGUAUUGAGACAGUUCGUAGAGACACAUGUGGUGCAGUUGCAAAGAUAAUGGAACAGUCUUUGAGGCUUUUCUUCGAAAAUCAAGAUUCAUCGGAGGUGAAAAGUUAUUUACAACGUCAGUGGAGGAGAAUUCUUUCAGGCAAAGUCCCGCUUAAAGAUUUUGUCUUUGCUAAGGAGGUUCGCCUAGGUAGCUAUAGCGCAAGGACAUCAUCGUCUUUACCUCCAGCUGCAAUUGUCGCCACCAAGGCAAUGAGGUUUGACCCUAGGGCUGAACCACGUUAUGCUGAGAGAGUACCUUAUGUUGUAAUCCAUGGAGAGCCUGGAGCCCGCCUGGUUGACAUGGUUGUGGAUCCGUUGGAAGUUUUGCGACUCGAUUCCCCACUAAGAAUAAAUGACUUGUAUUACAUAAAUAAACAAGUAAUACCUGCUUUGCAGCGGGUGCUUGGGCUUGUUGGUGCUGACCUUAACCAAUGGUUCUUAGAGAUGCCCCGUCCUUUAAAGGAAGCCCGUGUAAAGCAUCUCAUAGCUCCGAAUUCACAUCGAACAAGAAUAGACUCCUAUUAUCUGUCAAAGCAUUGCAUACUGUGUGGCGGGUUGGUCCAAGGAUCUGCACAUAUAUGCAUUCAGUGUUCUGAAAAUGGAGUGGCUGCUGCAACGGCUGUGAUUAGUAAAACAUCAAAGUUGGAACGAGAGAUGCAGCAUCUUGUUGCUAUAUGCGACCAUUGUGAGGGUGGAGGCAGGCUUCUGGAAAGUGAUGUGAAGUGCACGUCAAUUUCAUGCUCGGUGUUUUAUGAGAGACGAAAAGUUCAGAAAGAACUACUAGCGAUGAACCAUGUUGCUGCUGGUGAAGGCUUCUAUCCCAAAUGCAUGGUCGAGUGGUUCUGAGCAACAGUUGUCACGUUCACCCCUGGAUAUUUGUGUAGAUAUAUUUCUCUUGUGAUUAGAUUUGCGUGCCUGGGGUUUGCCAUAUUUGGUUUCCUUCUUUUCCUUGUUCACAAAAUUCAUAGUUGCCCAUCUUGUUUCCGCAAAAAGAAAAAAGAUCCCCAUCUUGCUCAGCCUACGAAAAGAAGUGCGUCUCAUGAUUUAUGGAGUUGAAAAUGGUCAGGUCAGUUGGGAUAGACAGCAGCCGGCUGAUGGCCGUCGCAGGCCGUCUUCCGCCUGAAGAGAAUAUAUAGUUUCGAAAUACAGUCUUCUGCCGUGGUGAGUCCUAACUUUUUCUUCUUAUUUUUUCCUUUAAUCUUACACGGAUAUAUUUUCCUACAUGCUGCAUGCAGUCUAAGAAAUGAGUAGGGUUAUUCACUAUCUUUCGGACCAGAGUUAUUAACUGUUUGUGGAUGAUGUGAUUUUGAUUUUAUAUUGUAUGCUAAUGCUGAUGCUGAAUGUUUAUCUUUGGACAAAAACCUAAUAUUAGUUACUUUUAAUUAUUCUAA